AUGAGCUGUUACGAAUUGCAACAGGCAAAGAUGUUGGACGGAUCCAGUCCAUUCGCGUGCGUUUUUAAUGCGUUUUCUGCUUUUUGGCAAGUAAUUUUAGCCGAGCAUGGAUUGAAUCAACAAGGCAGAUACAAACCGAACGUUUCUGAACUUCAAAAGCAACGUAUUGAUGUGUAUUUCUCGGAAGGUGCAGAUGAAAGACGCGUGCCUAGAGCUAUACUGAUUCCUUUUGAUUGCAAAACUAUGCACGAAGUAUUAGGUGGAUAUUACGACUCGCCGUUUAACCUCGACAAUGUUGUAUGUAGUAAAGCCAGGACUAACAAUAAUUGGGCCAAAGGUUAUUACAGCGAAGGAGCCGACGUCUUGAAAAAAGCCUCGCAGAUCGUGCGAACGGAAGUCGAGGCCUGCGACUCGAUUCAAGGUAUACAGAUUGUGCACGCUAUAGGCGGUGGUGCUGGAUCAGGCUUCGGUAGUCUGUUCGCCCAAUACAUGGCAGAGGAAUAUCCCAAUAGAAUUCUAAAAUCCUACACAUUGAUACCGUCAUUAUAUGAUUGGCAUCAUGAUGCGAAAGUACAACCUUACAACGCGGUGUUAACUAUUCCCUACUUGAUCGAUUGCAUCCACGAGGUCUUUUGCAUCAACAAUGAAGCCGUCGACCGCAUUUGCUCUGACAAAUUGAAAAUGCAGCCAACCUUCCACAAUAUGAAUUAUUUAAUUUCGCUCUGCAUGUCAGGAAUCACAGCGUGUUUAAGGUUUCCAGGUCAAUUAAAUACAAGCCUCAAAAAGCUCUUGGUAAAUAUGGUGCCGUUUCCACGACUGCACUUUUUCGCGCCUGGAUACGUAUCGUUAAAAUAUAAGCAUCCUUAUACAAAACAUAUGGUUAAAACAUUGAUUCGGAAUAUGUUCGAACGCGAAAACAUAUUUAUCAAUUGUGAUCCUAGAAAGGGACAAUUUCUUACCGCCGCUGCUAUCUUCAGAGGCAGAAUAUCUCCUAAGGAAGUUGACGAGAACAUGUACUACUUGCAGCAAAAUUUGUACAGUUCGCAUUACGUCAAAUGGAUUCCACAUAAUAUUAAAACUGCUAUAUGCGACAUAGCAACGUAUAAUACAGCUAUAUCUGCUACUUCGCUAUCAAAUACGACUGCGAUUCAGGAUGUGUUUAUGAAACUGCUCGAUAAAUUUCAAGAAAUGUUCAAAAGAAAGGCGCAUCUUCAAUGGUACCUCGAGGAGGGAAUGGAGGAAUCAGAUUUCUUGGAGGCUCAGAACAGUUUGUUAUCCCUCAUCUCUGAAUAUCAACAGUAUCAAGACGCAGAGGCCACAACGGUUUUCGUCGAAGAAUCUAUACCAUAUGUUGAAAACUGAAAUAAACCUGAUAUUUUAAGUAUAUAUAUGUAUUAAAUCAAGCUAAAAAAUAAUUGGAUGAAUUAAUUAUUGUAUAUAUGCCACACUUG